UUUUUGGCGAGUUAAUUUUUUGGCGAGAAAAUUUUUUUUUGAAAUUUCCAAAUUUAUAGUUAAUGCUAGUUGGCCCAAAAGCCGUGGACAUUGAAAAACCGCCCCUUUGGCCGAGCAUUUCUACAAUUCUGAAAGCUUCGGGAUUGUCAGUGCAGACGGUAGAGGUGGAUGAAUCUAACGGGCAGAGUGUAGACAAUGCACAUAAUGCGUUACGGUCUCCGGUUAAAAGUUUGUGUAUUUUUUGUGUUUUCCGGAAGGGAAAUGGAAAUUUAUUUCCAGUGAUCGCCGUCGACACUUCAUUCUCUCUACUUGACUCGAUUCUAGACGAUAUAGGUUUAAUUGACUUGGGUGGCUCUAAUGCUUAUAUGGUUCUUCUAAUUUGUGCCUACCCUUUGGAGGAUUGUAUAAAAGACCAAACACUUCGAAACUCAAUAGCUUCGGGUGGUUUUGCUUUGAUUACCCCUUAUUCGAGUGAAUGGGCACAGAUUAGACAAAAUGUUUAUCCGAAAAUGAUGACUGGUCAGCAGUCUACGGAAUCAUUUUUAGCUACCUUAGCUAUUUACAAUGCUUGUUAUGGUUUCUGCCUUGGCUCCUCCCUUACAGGCACUGGCUCAUUCGCUAGCGAUCCGAAUAAUCCAGCUUUUGUAGCCAAUUUACGUGGAAAAUCAUUUCAAGGCUCUUUCGGCCAAGUAAACCUAACUUCCUGGCCCGCCCCUUUACAAAAUUUAGCAAUUUACACUUUGCCUUCCAGCGGAGGGCAAUAUUCCUUAAUUUACACGGCAAUUUCAAUUGCCUCCUCUUCCUGUGGAACUUUUGAGUGUUUUGAUAUUCAACUACAAACAUCUCCAAAUAUUUCUGAGGACAUUUUAUGGCAAAAACAACGUUCAAGUACUAUUCCCUCAUGUAUUUAUUCUGGUGGGUGUUCAAGUUUGGCACCUUAUAUUUCUGCUGGGGCGGCUAUUGUUUUGGUUGCGGCUGCCGCUGGGAUUGUUUACACGAUACAGAGAAAAAAACGCCUCGAUGUUUUUCGAAUGCAUUGGAGAAUUGGUCGACAACAAUUCAAAGUUAUUGAAAAUAAACAGGCAAAAGGAAAAGCUACAGGAAUAGGCCAAGAAGGUGCUUGGAGCAAACGUCGUCAACUUCACGCCUAUGCCUUGAUUGGUACAAACAAAGCAGAAUUUAUUGUGUUACGGCAAAUGAAGAAGAUUUAUUGGGACAAAAUUGAACUCCAUUUUAUUUUUGAACUAAAAAAAUUAAAUCAUGAUAAUUUAACAACAUUUAUGGGAAUUUGUUACAAUGAUGGGGACAAAUUUUAUGUGUGUCAUUCCCUUGUGGAGAGGGGAACUCUUGAAGAUUAUAUACACGAUCUCGAUUUUCAAUUAGACAACACUUUUCGUUCUGCCUUCCUUCGAGAUAUACUCAAAGGUGUCAAAUAUUUACACAAGUCGUCUAUUGGAUACCAUGGAAUGUUGAAUUUACAAAAUGUUUUGAUCGAUUCCAAUUGGGUGUUGAAAUUGACCAAUUUUGGAAUUGGAAAUUUAUUAAAUAGGGCUAUUAGGAGGGAACAAUUACAAUUAAUUGAGCUGAUUCCGUUAAAUACCUAUUUAACGGUUUCACCAGAGAAUCUGAUAGAUAUAUCCUACGGAAGAGAAUACCCAAACGGAACAACAAUAGGCGAUAUUUACAGUAUGGGGAUGGUUAUGUACCACAUUUUGUUUCGACUUGCCCCCUACGAAAGAACAACUCUAAGCCCAAAAGAAGUUAUUGACCAAGUCAGACAACACAAUUUAAAGCCUAUUCUCGAAAAUACUUUGCCUGAGGAAAAACCUUUGGUGGAUGCAAUGGAACAAUGCUGGCAGAAAAAUUUGGAUUUGCGUCCGAGAUUGAGGCAACUAGCUCAAGUGGUUUCUACAGUGUUUCAGGCGUCGCAAGGCAACUUAAUCGACCAAAUGCGAAGAAUGAACGAGAAACACGCCUUAAAUCUCGAAAAAUUGGUAGCCCAACGAAACGCCGAAUUGGCACAAGCUCGAGAACAAACAGAACGUUUACUAAACGAAAUGUUGCCCCCAAGUAUUGCUGCACAAUUGAAAGAACAUAAAUCGGUUGAACCUCGCUCUUAUGAUUCUGCUACAGUUUUGUUCUGUCAAUUGGUUGAUUUUUCUACUGUUUUGAGUAAAUUCCCGCCGGAUCAAGUUAUUGACUUUCUCAAUCAAGUUUUCUCUACUUUUGAUACAAUUAUACGAAAUCAUGAUGCUUACAAGGUUGAGACUACUGGAGAGACAUAUAUGGUCGCAUCGGGAGUCCCUAACGAGAACGAAAAUAGACAUGUAUUUGAAAUAUCAGAAGUUUCCUACACUUACAAAUCAAUAAAUUUCCCUGAUUGGAAAUUACAAUUAAGAAUUGGCUAUCAUUGUGGGCCUAUUGCUGCUGGGGUUAUUGGAAUUAAAGCACCUCGAUAUUGCCUUUUUGGAGAUACUGUCAACUUUGCUUCUCGAAUGCAGAGCAAUGCGGCACCCAACCAAAUCCAAAUGAGCGAAUCUACUGCGCUUUUGUUAAUGGGAGUGUCAAAGUAUAAGUUGACGAAACGAGGCAUUGUCAAAGUGAAGGGGAAAGGAGAGGUCAAUACUUAUUGGCUCAAUGAAUGGCGGUCAAAUGAAGCACAAAACCCUGUGGAUGGAAGUGGAGGAGGCCGAUUAUUGCAAGAACCCUUAAUCCCUCCGAGAACAAGUCAAUUACGCAGUCCAAUCCCGACCAGAGAAAGUAGUGCAAUGCUUGGUUUGGAACUAUUAAAUGAUGCUAUAAUUACAACAACAACACAGGCAGAGCAACGGCCUAAGGAACAGACAAGCAUCAAUGAGUAGUAGCAAAAAUCGAGGGGGGGUUGAUGAAAUCGAUGAA